ACUGAUUGCUGUAUGGGCUGUCUCUUUCCAGGCUCUGUGAGGAGAUCCACCCAUGUAUCUGCCAUGCCUCAGGCCUGUUCAGUCACCAAGUUCUCCACCCCCAGCAGAACUCGCCACUCCAGCACUGCUGCAGCUGCACACACCUCCCCUCUCCCCCACUUCACCCAUACCACUACCUGCUCCACCCUCACCCUUGCUCACCCCACCCUCACCACUGCCUGCUCCACCCUCACCCCUGCCUACCUGUUUAAUGCCACCCCACUCCGUACCCCUCACCCUGAUCCUCAGUUCUAGGCCAAGAUUUACUGAAGCCAGCCAAUCUCCCCUCUCCUCCCCCUGCUUGGUGCCCCCCUCUUCUCCUCCUGUCCAGGUCUCACUCAGCUUCCCAGCUGAUGCCGACGUACCAGGGACCGUGACUCCAGACACUUCCAUCACAGAGGGUCUUCCGGGGUUGGACUUUGAGCGCUACCUCCAACCUGCAGUGAGGUGUAGCCUGUCACCACGGGAGCCAGCUGUUGCAGAGAUGCUGUCGCCCAUGGUGAUAGACGUAGAAAUGGAGAGUCCGUUGGCUCCGUCUGAAGAGACCCCUCAGGAGGAAGUGUCGACUCCCACAGGUACUGUGUGUGUGCUUGGAUAUGGUUAGUCUUAGAUAUAUGUAUUCCUUAUGGUUUUAAUUUUCCUGACUUCUCACUCCCAUCGCAGCAUCUCCCAGUUUCACACAAAUGUUCAUCCCACGGAUCACACAGGUUAACUUCCUUGUUUUACCCUCGUCUUUCUCUCGUGUGUGUGUGUGUGUAAUAUAUAUAUUUAUAUUAGAACCAGUCCAUAGUUUGGACAC